CGUAAAUCACUCUCACUAAUAUUGACCCCAAACUCCCUUCUUUCUCUUUCCCUGCAACUCCAUCACACCAAAGCACUAUAUUCCAAGCUCCAGAAUCUAACUUCCCAUACAUUUUCCUACCUUUUUUUUCGCGGUACCCAAACACCCAUAUUCUUCUUCAUUCCAGAGACUACAAAUUGAACAAGAUGUAUUCAUCCGUUGUUCCAACCCGAAACAGCUCAUAAACCAACGAUUUUGUCGUUUUUCUGAAACCAGAUGGGGUCUGCGACGUCGUCGAUGGCGGCCAAGUUCGCAUUUUUCCCUCCUAACCCGCCUACGUAUAAAGUAGUUUCCGAUGAAUCCACCGGAAAAAUGAGACUCUCCGACGUGCCUCCGAGAGAGAACGUGGACGUGUUGAAGCUGUGCACGAAGAAAGGGAACGAGAUAGUUGCAGUUUACGUGAAGAACCCUUCAGCGUCAUUGACAGUGCUCUACUCUCAUGGCAAUGCAGCUGAUCUUGGUCAGAUGUUUAACAUCUUCGCCGAACUGAGUCUUCGUCUGGGGGUGAAUCUCAUGGGGUACGAUUAUUCUGGGUAUGGACAAUCCUCUGGAAAGCCAAGUGAGCAGGACACAUAUGCAGACAUAGAGGCUGCUUACAGUUGCCUCGAAGACACCUAUGGAGUGAAGGAGGAAGACAUUAUACUGUAUGGGCAGUCGGUUGGCAGUGGACCUACUCUAGAAUUAGCCACUUGUUUCGCUCGAUUGAGGGCUGUUAUUCUUCACAGUCCAAUCCUAUCUGGGCUUCGAGUCAUGUAUCCUGUGAAGCGAACAUUUUGGUUUGAUAUCUACAAGAAUAUUGAUAAAAUUCCACUGGUGAAUUGCCCUGUUCUGGUCAUUCACGGAACGGAUGAUGAAAUUGUGGAUUGGUCCCAUGGUAAGCAGCUGUGGGAGCUCUGUAAAGAGAAGUAUGAACCUUUGUGGCUUAAAGGAGGGAACCACUGUAACUUAGAGCUCUACCCAGAGUACCUAAGGCAUCUCAAGAAGUUCAUAUCAGCCAUAGAGAAAUUGCCAUGUGCACAAUAUAUAUCUGGACAAAGUACAGAUCAAUCAGAGCGGUCUGUGAAUUCCACAGACCAUAGGGACAGGUCCAGAACAAGCACAGACCAUAGGGAAAAGUCCAGAUUAAGCAAUGGGCAAAGAGAAAAAUCUAGGCCAAGCACGGACAGCAGAGAGAAGUCCAGAGCCAGCACCGACCGGAGAGAGAAGUCAAGAAGGAGCUAUGAUCGAUCAGGGAAAGCAAGGAACAGCAUAGACCAGUCAGAGAGAGCGAGAAACAGCUUUGAUCGCUUGGGAGAUAUGGUAAGAUCAGUUGGGUUGUGCAAUGUUGAUUGUUUCAAGCAGACAGCCACAGAGGUCUGAGUCAGAAACAACUGCGCUUGCAAACUGGGUUGAAACUUUGGUUUUACUUUUGGUUGUUUGAUUGGUCGUCGGGAUGGCUGCUUGAUUAAUGUUCUUUCCUUUUUACUUGUAACUGAUCCAAUGUCUUCCCUCUCUCUAUUGUUUUCAAUUUUUUAGGUGAUCUGCAAAGAAAUAAUAGUAAGUAAUUCCACCAGGUCCAUUGUGUAUCUUAACUUUUAUCUGUUCAUAGUUAUAGAUAUGAUUUUCUUGUUGAUUAUGUCA